GCCCCACUAAAACCCCACUUACGCGCGCAAACAAAGCCUAAGCACACACACACACACACACCAGGAGCCGCGCACCUCACGGCACACUAUCUCGUGCCGUCGUGGGAGUGGUGUGGUCGUGUGGCUAAACCUGUUCGCGGCGCGCCACUUGCCGUGCGACACGGCUGCGCAGCGAUGUGGCAGACGCGCAGCUUGCUACUACUCAUCGUUGCGGUGGUCGUCGCCGCCGCCCUCCCCGACUGGGCGGUGGCCGCGGCGGCGGGGCGGUGCACGACGUCCACGCCAGUCAAGACGUACGACAAGUGCAUCGCGCUGCCGACGCAGGGCGCCACGCUGGCGUGGACCUACGACGCGCGGAACGCGACGCUGGACGCGGCGUUCACGGGCUCCUUCAUCUCGCCGUCGGGCUGGGUGGCCUGGGGCGUGAACGCGGACGCGCCGGCGAUGACGGGGGCGCGCGUGCUCGCCGCCUUCGCCGACCCGUCCACGGGCGCGCUCCUGGCGCUGCCGUUCCUCCUCUCCCCCGACGUGAAGCUGCAGGCGUCGCCGCUCGUGUCCCGGCCGCUGGACAUCCCGCUGCUGGCGUCCUCCGCGUCGCUCGCCUCCCCCGCGCGCACCGUCCGCGACGGCGCCAGGGUGACGGUCGCGGCCACCAUCCGGCUGUCCCCGAACCGCACCAGGGUGCACUUCGUGUGGAACCGGGGGCUGUACGUGCAGGGCUACUCCCCGACCAUCCACCCCACGGACGCCUCCGACCUGGCGUCGCACGCCACCGUCGACAUCCUCACCACCGCCACCGAGGCGUCGCCCAUCGCCUCCGCCGCGCUGCAGUGGCUGCACGGCUCCCUGAACGCGCUCUCGUGGGGGCUCCUCCUCCCGGUCGGCGCGGCGGUGGCGCGGUACCUGCGGCCGUGCGCGUCCACGGGGCCCGCCUGGUUCUACGCGCACGCGGCAAUGCAGGCGACCGGGUACACCCUGGGCGCCGCCGGCUUCGCGCUGGGGCUGGUGAUGGGCUCCGCGUCGCCCGGCGUCACGUACAAGCUGCACCGCGGGCUGGGCAUCGCGGCGGCCACGGCGGGGAGCCUGCAGACGCUGGCCAUGUUCUUCCGGCCCAAGACCACCAACCGCUACCGCAAGUACUGGAAGUCGUACCACCACCUGGUCGGGUACGGCUGCGUCGUGGUCGGGGUCGUCAACGUGUUCCAGGGCUUCGAGGUCAUGGGGCUCGGCGCCUCCUACUGGAAGCUCGGCUACUGCCUGGCGCUCGCCACGCUGAUGGGCGCCUGCGUGGCGCUGGAGGUGAACGCGUGGGUGGUCUUCUGCCGGAGGCAGCAGGAGGAGAAGCUUAUGAGGAGGGAGGUGGAGGACGUCGUCGUCAAGGAUAGGGCAGCCGCCUUCUAGUUCUAGUGCUUGUCUUGCUACCCUCCGGCCUCCGCUCCGCUGCCAGGACAUGCUGGAGGUUUCGGCCGACGGGGGACCCAGGGGCUGGUGAGAGCGACGUCUCGAGGAUGCGGGCACGCUCACAGUCACAGGCUCACAGCUACUGGGUGGGGAGUGGGGACAAAGUGCCACGGCGUGCUCUAUUUUGUCGCAUGAUAAGAGUGUGGUUUUUUCAGAUCCUUCUCAAUCAAUAUAUACAGUAGAAAUUCUUG